ACCAUGCUCGGAGAGCACUACAGUCUGCCUGCAGACCGAGCUUUGCUCAACCAGCCUCCUAAAACUGGACUCCGCUGCAAAAUGGUGCUUCAGGCCGUCAGCAAAGUGCUCAGGAAGUCUAAAGCCAAGCCUAAUGGCAAGAAGCCUGCUGCAGAAGAGAAGAAGGUAUACCUGGAGCCGGAGCACACCAAAUCAAGGAUCACCGACUUCGAGUUCAAGGAGCUGGUAGUGCUGCCCCGGGAGAUCGACCUCAACGAGUGGCUGGCCAGCAACACAACGACGUUUUUCCACCACAUCAACCUGCAGUAUAGCACAAUCUCAGAAUUUUGCACAGGAGAGACGUGUCAGACGAUGGCCGUGUGUAACACACAGUACUACUGGUAUGACGAGCGGGGGAAGAAGGUCAAGUGCACAGCCCCCCAGUAUGUUGACUUCGUCAUGAGCUCUGUGCAGAAGCUAGUGACUGACGAAGAUGUUUUCCCCACAAAAUACGGCAGAGAAUUCCCCAGCUCCUUCGAGUCUCUGGUGAAGAAGAUCUGCAAGUACCUGUUUCAUGUGCUGGGCCACAUCUACUGGGCCCACUUCAAGGAGACCCUGGCCCUCGAGCUGCACGGACACUUGAACACACUGUACAUCCACUUCAUCCUCUUUGCCAGAGAGUUCAACCUGCUUGACCCCAAAGAGACUGCUGUCAUGGACGACCUUACCGAGGUGCUGUGCAGCAGCCCUGGAGUUGGUGCCACUGGGGAUGGGGCCAGCAAUGGGGCCACGGGGUCACAGAACCAUGUGAAGGAGAGAUGAGCCACCAGAGCCAGACAGGGUGCACAUGUGCAAAGAAAUGACUGUCUGUGUGUGCGCACACGUGCCCAGGCACGCUGGUGGCAAGGUCUGAGGGUCCCGGGCCGCACAGAGUGGACUCCACAGAAGCCUCCGGGUCAAGGCGAGUUUCCUGGCUUCCUGUUGGAUGGAUGAGUGCUCUUGGUAGCGAAGAGCAUUUGGAUUCAUUCAUUCAUUCAACAAACAUUUAUUGGACUGAUGUUUUGAGUUUUCUUCUGGGGUUUUCCUUUCUUGGGUCUUCCACAUGGCUCUUGCCCUCCCCCCCCCUCUGGGGGGCUCUGCAGCUUUGAAAGAAGCACCUUGUGAGAGGUGUCUCCCUCGGAGGGGACUUGACCUGCAGACCCAGAGUUCUGCUGUGCUUUGGGGGUGAGGCUUUUAUAUAGCCCCUCUCCCAUCUCCCUGCCCAGCCCUUGCCUGGAUGCUGGAUGUUGGUGGCUCAGACUUGCUAUGGGAGAGAGGGCUGGGGUGAACCAGGAGGGCCCACACCUGCUGCUUGCUCCUGUCACCCCUUCUUGCUGCCUCCUCAAUGCCCAUGAAGGGCCCGUGAUGCACAGGGGCCAGGGCGGGGCCAGGACAGGGUUGAGGCCCUGUGCUGAGACACGGCUGUCAGCAGAAGGCAGAAACCGCUUUAGUUCAUGUGUUCAGUCGUAAUAAAAAGAAUCUCUCAGGUUA